AACCAGACUCGGCCUUAUUAUUUUUUCCGAAAUUCUAAUUUUCCUUUGUUACCCCCGACAAUUCUUUUUACCCAAUUUUCUCUCGUGUCCUUCAACGCUGUCGUUUACAAUCCAUACUUGAGAACACCCUCUUAAACCCUGACCAAAACCCUAGCGCCCCAAUAGCCUACAUCUCUCUGCCCCUCUUUUCCGGCAACAUUUUCCGGCGUCGUCAUAAUUAAUUUCCGAUGACCAGUGCCAAUAUAAGAGAUGUGUUGACUUCAUUUAGCCCGGCUCUCGAUUUUUUCGCCAUCUGUUCCGGUGAUGGUCGAAUUAAGAUUUGGGACACUGUGAAGAGCCAAGUGCAAACUGAGUUUGCGGAUAUCGGUACAGCUGGUUCUGAUGAUUUAAUUGGGGGUACGAAAGGCGGGCAUCGUUCGGUUGAUUAUACGUGUAUGAAGUGGCUCUCGUUGGGUAAAAAGAAGAAAAGAAAGCUAGGGAGUUCGUUAUUGAUAUUAGGAACGGGUAGUGGUGAUGUAUUGGCGUUGGAUGUAUCAGCUGGUCAAUUGAAGUGGAGAGUUAGUGAUUGUCAUCCCGGGGGUGUCACCUCCGUAUCAUUCCCCGCACACGGUUCUUGCAUAUACACGGCAGGGGCAGAUGGGAUGAUCUGUGAACUUGACUCAUUGACUGGAAAUUUAUUGCGCAAGUUCAAAGCUUCUUCGAAAGCAAUAUCUUCUAUGUCUGUUUCAUCAGAUGGAAAAACAUUAGCUACUGCAGCAGCUCAGCUAAAAGUUUUUGAUUGUUCAGACCACCGAAAGAUACAGAAGUUUUCAGGCCAUCCUGCUGCUGUUCGCUGUAUGAUCUUUUCUGAAGAUGGAAAAUACAUUCUCUCCUCUGCAGUUGCUGAAAGAUAUGUUGCAGCAUGGAGAAUAGAUGGCAGCAAGAAGAAAUUAGCAAGCUUUGUUCUUGCAAUGGACCAUCCUGCUGUGUUUUUAGAUAGCAGGUGCAUUGCUACUGGUGAUAAUGACGAUGAAGGUCUAUGUGUAUUGGCAAUUUCAGAAAUUGGAGUUUGUUAUUUUUGGUCCGGACAGAACAUUGAUGAAUUGCGAGAUUGCAAGCCCACAAAGGUCUCUAUAUCCACGUCAGAUCAACAUUCUAAGAACAAUGGUGUUGUGCCUACUGUAUUUGCUGCGAAAUUACAAGCAGCUGCAAAGUCUUCCUCUGGACAUUUGUUUGCUGCGUAUGGUUCCCUAAUAAAGCCAUCAUUUGAAAAGAUCCUAGUGCAGCCUGGUGAGGACAUUAAGUUGAAUAGUUCCGCAGAUGGAAUUCUCUUACCACAUGGUCAGAUCAAGAAAGGCAAGAAAGGGUCGACUGCGCUUACCCAAAUUACUGCGCUAGACCGUGCAAAUGCAGAGGAUGCUUCACUUCCAAUUUCCAAGAUUCUUGAUGGGGUAAAUGGUCAAAUUGUAGCGAAGUCUGGAAAGAGCAAUGAGCUUGUGGAAUUUGAUGAUGUUACACAUUGCAUGGAAGAGCGACUGAUAUCCCUAGGAAUACUAAGCAGUGAUUCUGAUCUUUCAUCGAACUCGCAGUUUGAUAAUACACUACUAAAUGGUAUCAAUCUUGAAGCCAACAUGCCACAGAAAAAGAUGAGAGCAACUAUAUCAUCCAUGGUGCCCGGAGAUGCAUACAAUUUGUUGAAAGAUUUGUUAGCUAUGUGGAAGACGAGAUCUAGCACAGGAAAGCUUGUACUUCCAUGGAUACGUUGUCUAUUAAUAAUUCACAGCCACUACAUUGUAUCUGAGGAACCAAAUACCAGAUUGCUUGAUUCUCUGUACAAGCUUACAAAAUCGAAAGGAGAAGCAAUUAACUCCUUGGUACAGCUGGCUGGUCGCUUGCAACUUGUAACAGCCCAGAUUGACAAGGCCGCAAACAAUAAAAGUCAAUCCUUUCAACCUCUUCCCCAAACUGAUGAAAGUGAAGAUGAGGAAGUUGAAGAAUUCCUCUACGGUGAAGAAGAUGAAGAAUCUCAGAGUAGUAGUGAUAAUGAGGAUUAGGAGGGUUUUGUUGAAGGUAAUAUCAAAAUGCUGGAUGUUUGUUGCAUUACUUCUAGUAAACAUGGCGAAGCUGAAGUGUAUGGAGCUGUUGAAACCUUUACAUAGAUCUGGCUAUUUUCCUCACAGCGCCUGCAAUCGACCGAACUUACUUUACGUCACCAAACUUACUAUCAUUUGGAAAAAUUUCUAUUCUUUUGGGGGGUUUUGUAGCACUAUUUUGUUUCAUAGAUCUUGUUCUGAAUUGCUGAGAAAAGGCAAGUCCAAUUACCUGACUCUUUGUUUUAUCUACAAGUAAUUUAUAAGUUGAAAAUUAUAUAUACUUUUACCAUUUAA